CUAGAAAAUGCCACGCUCUAACGAUCCAGCCGAGCCACAAUCCGAGUCAGCCGAUUUGUUCGCUGAACCUUCGUCUCAACAUUCCAGCAUGCGAUCGGGUUCGGAGCAGGUUGCGGGAAAUAUGUCGCCAAGAUCCACCUCCUCAGCGUCCGCUCUGCAAUAUGGCUCUGAAAUGGGCUCCGUGUCGCAAAUGUCGUCGGCUUCAACACUCCGACGUGGCGGACCACGUGGAGAUCUCGGCAUCGCCGCCGUCGAUCAUCGUACCGUCCAGAUUCGGGGAAUGGAGGACGAGAUGGCUGGUGACGACGGGCAGCCACGUCUCUACGUCUGGGGAACUCGAAUCUGUGUGGCUGAUGUUCAACGAUCAUUCCGCGACUUUUUGACAACUUUCAAGAUCAGCCAGCUCGCCGAGGAUGAAAAUAUGAUGACUGGACACGAUGAGGCGCUUCACGAAAUUGAUGUCAAUCAUCCAUAUUAUAUGGAGCGACUUCUCGAGUGUAACGAUGCGGAGGUCACUCAUAUUAACUUGAAUUUGAAGCAUUUGAACGCGUUUUCGGAGGCUCUUUAUCGCAAAGUCAUCGCGUAUCCAGCGGAUGUCAUCCCAUAUCUCGACAUUGUCGUCAACGAAGUCUUCGCCGAACGCUUCAAUCGCACACUCGCCCAAUCUAUCGAACUCCGGCCAUUCAACGCGCAAAAAACCCGUAAUAUGCGCGGUCUGAACCCGAACGACGUGGACCAGCUCAUCACAAUUUCCGGAAUGGUGACUCGAACGUCGUCGUUGAUUCCCGAAAUGCGAAGUGGCUACUUCCAAUGCGCGGUCUGCGCGUUCGGAAUCGAAAGCGAAGUCGACAAGGGACGUAUCGAGGAGCCGGUGGUCUGCACGAAUUGCUCGAACACACACUGCUUCCAGCUCGUCCACAAUCGAUCGGUGUUCCUUGACAAGCAGGUUGUGAAGCUUCAAGAGUCGCCAGAUGACAUGCCAUCUGGAGAGACUCCGCACACUGUUUCAGUCUAUGCUCAUGGCUCACUCGUCGAAUCAGUUCAACCGGGAGAUCGUAUCACUGUGACAGGAAUCUUCCGGGCGACUGGAAUGAAGGUUAACCCGAAACAGCGGGCUCUUGCCUCAGUCUACAGAACUUCAAUUGAUGCGUUGCACUUCCGUAAGAUGGACACGUCGCGUUUGCAUCAGGACAAUGGAGAGACGAUCACCGAGGAGCGCAUUCAGCAGAUCAUUGAACUCUCCAAGCGUCCUGAUAUCAUGGAUGCUCUUGCUCAAUCCAUUGCUCCAUCGAUCUACGAGCAUGAUGAUGUGAAGAGGGGAUUGCUGUGCUUAUUGUUCGGAGGAACUCGAAAGGAUGAUGAGACUACUAACAAGACCAAGUUAAGAUCCGAAAUCAACAUUCUCUUGUGCGGAGAUCCUGGAACAUCGAAAUCGCAGAUGCUUCAAUACGUCUAUCGUCUGUUGCCACGUAGUCAGUACACCUCUGGAAAAGGAUCCUCGGCAGUCGGACUCACUGCUUCGGUGAGCCGUGACGCUGACACCAAGCAGCUUGUUCUUCAAACUGGAGCCCUAGUUCUGGCUGACAAUGGUGUUUGCUGUAUCGACGAGUUUGACAAGAUGAACGAAAGUGCUCGUAGUGUGCUGCACGAGGUUAUGGAGCAGCAGACUCUCUCAAUCGCCAAGGCCGGAAUCAUUUGCCAGCUGAAUGCUCGUGCGUCGGUGCUGGCCGCCGCCAACCCGGUCGACUCGAAAUGGAAUCGAAAUAAGACGAUUGUGGAGAAUAUUACGCUUCCGCACACGCUUCUCUCUCGUUUUGAUCUGAUCUUUUUGAUUGUCGACGCGCAGGAUGAGAUGCAGGAUAGAAGACUCGGAAAUCAUCUCGUCUCGCUCUACUUUGAGAAUGACGGUAAUCAGGAGAAGACGGAGCAUGUGGACAUGAACUUGCUCAGAGAUUAUAUCGCCUACGCAAAAGCGAAUAUCCAUCCGAAACUCAGCGAAGAGGCAUCACAAUUUAUCAUUGAAAAGUAUCUAUUCAUGAGAAAAGCUGGCGCGCAGCACGGACAAAUCACCGCCUACCCGAGACAGUUGGAGUCGUUGAUUCGUCUUUCAGAGGCUCACGCCAAGAUUCGUCUUUCACAAGAGGUGUCUGUGGAUGAUGUGGAGAAGGCUUUCACAUUGUGGCGUGAGGCUCUCAAACAAUCGGCCGUCGAUCCAUCCACGGGACGUGUCGACGUGGCAAUUCUGGCAUCUGGAAUGAGUGCUUCUGGAAGAAAGGCGGUCGAGGCGAUGUGUGAGGCCGUUCUGAAGCAGCUCAAGACUGCCAAGGGAUUUGUGACCUCUAAGGCUCUGUUCCAUACUCUCAAAUCUGCUGAUAAGACGUGCCAGAGAGAAGUUUUCGAUGAGGCGAUCAACGAGUUAUCGAAAAAGGAAUCAAUUGCUCGAUCCGGUGACAGAAUCAGAUUCCAAACCGAAGCCUAGACAAGACUAACAUUACAACAACUCUAUCACUUUUUAUCAUUGGAUCUCAUAAUACCCUUUUUCUUCUAUUUUUUAAAUUUGAAAUACAUUGAUCUUGAUUGUCAAAUGAUGCAAAUGAAUUGGAAAUAAUCUGAAC